AUGGCAAUGUCAAAAAUUUAUAUACUUCCAAUUUAUAAUCACGACAAUGACGAAGAAGUAUUAGCAAAUAGUAGUAACAUUAACAACAAAACCAACACAAACAAUAUAACAGACAUUAAUGACAUGGAAGUUAGUAUUAAUAGUGAAACUACAACUUUUUUUUAUACGUUUGAUGAGAAAAAUCAAAUGUGUUAUAAUGACAAUAACAAUUAUAAUAAAAGAAAUGAAAUCAAUAAAAGACUUUUUUAUUCCAAAUUUAUUUCUAGAAUAGCAUUUCUUUUUUCAUGCGCGUUUUUAUCGCUUAUGAUAAUAUUUUAUUUAAUUAGAACAAUUCCUGAUUUAUCUUUACCAACCUCAAUGCAAGAUGUAAAAAAUCAAGCAAUAAUAUUACAUAGUUAUUCCAACAAUUCAUGGCACGGCUAUUUACAUAUACUUUUUGUGCUAUCUUUUAUUUAUAUUUGGAAGCAAGCAUUUUCCAUUCCUGGUGCUUUAUUUUUAAAUUUAUUAGCAGGAGCUAUGUAUGGUCCCAUGAAAGCAACACUAUUUACUUGUUUAUUAACAUCAAUUGGUGCAAGUGUUGCGUAUUUAUUAAGUAAAUUCGUUGGUAAACCAUUUGCGGAUUUUUAUCUUUUAAAUAAAUUGAUUAAUCUUCGUAAACAAAUUGAUGAAAAUCGCGAAAAUUUGUUUUACUAUUUACUAUUCAUCAGAAUGUUUCCUCUUUCGCCCUGGUGGUUAUUAAACAUCACGUCUCCACUAUUAUCUAUUCCAAUUGGGACAUUUUUCAUUACAAUGUUUUUUGGAUCAAUUCCGUAUAAUCUUGCGUGUUGUCAAUCAGGAGAUAUAAUAUCGGAACUCAACUCAACAACUGAUAUGUGGCAUCCAACUGUAUUAUUUAAAUUACUAAUAAUCUCUUUAUUAAGUCUUAUUCCACCUUUACUAA